GGCUAGUCAUUUUGAUUGAAAGUUUUAAUUGCUCGGUACUAAUCAGACUUUUUUUAUCGGUAGACAAAUUAGCAAUCAAUCGGUUGGUACCUCAACAAGCCCAAGCCAGCGGACGCUCUUUUACCCGGAGGAAUAGGGGCCACUCUUUAAAAAGGCCCAUUUUGGAAACUAGGCCAUCCAGGAACCACGAACGGAGGGAGAAUAGAGGUUAAAUUUGGGUAAAGGCUAUAGCAUAAUGCUAUACAAAUCUGGAGCUUAUCGCACGAGUUUAUAAUGUCUCAGGAAGUAUAUAAGCCGGCACAAGCUGGCAUAUCCUACAAGAGCGUGGCCACAAGCAAGCCUGGGCUCAUUUCUGAAACCAGCACCCGGAGGGCACCCUUUAAAUCUAAUCGAAUAAAGUCACCCACGCGAGACUAUGGAAUUACGAGGGACGUAUCCACACGAUUGCAGGAAUACGACACCUAUUCUGGAGUUACAAAGGAUACUGUUCUCACUGGAACUAGCAAGGGAGAAUCACAUUCUGGAAAGCACGUGAGGUCUAUUGACACAUGCUACGUGGAUACAGCGAGAGUUUCAGACGUUGAGGUAGAGCCUGGGAGCCAUAGAGUGCUCACUGAAGAGGAAUUGGCAACAUUUAGGACGUCGUUUUGCACGAAGCAUCAUCAAAAUAAAUGUCCAAAUAGUGAUUCUUGCGAAAAGAGCCACUGUCUAACAUGGCAAAGAAGAAAUCCAUUCGAGGUGGAUUACUGUCCACACUUGUGCCCAGAGAUUCAAUUUGUCAAAAAAUCGCGCAAAAUGGUUCUGUAUCGACGGUGUACGCGUGGUAAGAACUGCAACUUUGCACAUUCCAAGGAAGAGGAGCUCUACCAUCCAUUGGUUUACAAGACAAAGCAGUGUUCGGCGUAUCCACGUUGUUCUCGCUAUUUUUGCCCAUUUGUUCAUACUCCCGACGAACUCAGAGAUGUUUCAAAGUUUAAAGGCACACUCAGGGAACAACCUUCCCCCGAUGUUCCCACUGUACCUUCACGCGUGACAGGAUCUCCUUCCGAUGAUGCUACUGGCGAACGAAAGGAAAAGCUCGGAGUUGAUACAAAGAUGCUCAUUCCUCUUGAUAGUGCCGAAACUCUAAAGUCUUCAACUCUGGAGCCAUCAACAAGUUUAUGGUAUGAACUUCCAAACAUGUGCAACUAUGAUGAUUUAACAUUCAAGGGCUUGUAUGACGAGUAUGGAUCAUUUCGAGUCGCUGAUGAUUAUCAAGGUGAAUUUGAUUUACAGUUUACUCAAGUACCUCUGGACCCUACCGCUAGCAGAAGUGCCAAUGUUAGAAGGCGUCAGCCUGUAAGUAAGUCUGGUGUAUACGUGGACAAUUAUGGAAUGGAGAACUAUGGACUAGACUAUGGCCUCAAUUACGGCAUGGAGUAUGGAGUAGACCUUGACAACUUUGGUGCACAGUAUGUGCAGUAUGUAUCGAAUGACCUUGAUGAACGAUUCAACUCGCUCAAUAUUGGAAAGAAUGAAGAUCAAACCGAUGACUGUGCACUCAAUGAUAUACUAGUCAAGUUUAUAAAUGAAAUUGGGGAUAAAUAGUAGUAGU